GGGAUAAAAAAGAUAAUGGCAAGGAAGUGAGGUUCUGGUUCGCUACUGGAGGGGCAGGUGUUUGUCUAAGCCGUAGACUUGUUUCUCUAAUGGUUCCGUACUUCAGUGGUGAAAAAGCUUUCCCUGACACUUGUUCUCGUAUUGGUGUACCAGAUGACUGUGUCAUUGGAUUUAUAAGUGAAUAUCUGUUAAAUGUAAAACUAAAAGAAAUUCAUUUAUUCCAUUCUCAUCUUGAAUGGUUGGGAUAUAUCCCAGAACAUACAUUUCAUGACCAGGUGUCUUUUAGUCAUGGGAUUUUGGGUGGAAUGAGAAACCACAUCCAGAUUGAUGGACCAUUCAGUAUUCGUGAGGAUGCCAGCAGAUUUAUGUCACUCCACUGCUAUCUAUAUCCUCAUACCAGCUGGUGUCCAGGCAACCAGAACAGACAAAGAGGAUUAAAAAAUAAUGGAUAAAGAAAUUCAAUAAAAUACUCAUGAUAUAUUUAUUUUUUUAAAUAAAAUUAAUGUUAUAUAUAUUCUUAACUUUAAAGCUUCUUACAGUUCCAAUUUUUAAAUCAUUCAAAAAAUUAUACUGAUGCAACAUAAAGCACAGUAAAUAUCAAUAAUAAUAAUGAAUUAUUAAAUAUCGUUAAUAAUAAUGAAUUAUUUGGCCGAUAAACCCACCUAUGUGUCCUUGAAGUCUCAUAUAAGACUUUGUACAAAGUAGCUCGGUGGUUAGAGCAUGGCACCGGAAUUGCCAGGGCAUGGAUAUAAAUCCGGUUCAAGAGUCAGAAUUUUUUCUGAGCCUUUCAAUUUGCAGCUGCAUAAGUUGCUUCAUAUACUGCAAGGAUCAGCUCAAUUUGAYACAUUACAACAGCAGUACAAAUAUAUAUUUCAUAUAUAUUCUCAAAAUGCCCAAAUGUUAUCUCAAUGAAUAWUGUAGUGCACAUACUUUCUAAGCUAUAUAAUAAAGGUUGUCCAAUAAUAAUCAUACUAAAUGUAAUUUAUUU